GCGGCGGGAGAGAUGUCGCUGUUGCGGUCGCUUCGCCUCUGCCUGGUCGCGGGGACUGGGAGCCGCCCGGCGGGGUCCCUUCUGCUUCUGUCUCCCAGACCUUGGCACACUUUUCACGUUGGUCCCUGGCUGUCUUCCUCGGCCUCCAGGAAGGAGCUCCUCAUGAAGCUGCGGCGGAAAACAGGCUACUCCUUUAUAAACUGCAAGAAAGCUCUGGAGACUUGUGGCGGGGAUCUCAAACAGGCAGAGAUCUGGCUCCACAAGGAGGCCCAGAAGGAGGGCUGGAGCAAAGCUGCCAAGCUCCAUGGGAGAAAGACUAAAGAAGGCCUGAUUGGGCUGCUGCAGGAAGGAAACACAACUGUAUUAGUAGAGGUAAACUGUGAGACAGAUUUUGUUUCCAGAAAUUUAAAAUUUCAACAAUUGGUUCAGCAAGUAGCCCUGGGAACCAUGUUGCAUUGUCAGAGCCUAAAGGAUCAACUCUCCACGUACAGUAAAGGCUUUCUGAAUUCCUCUGAGCUUUCUGGACUUCCAGCUGGGCCUGACAAAGAAGGCUCUCUGAAGGAUCAGUUGGCCUUAGCAGUUGAACAAUGGUCCCCAAACCAGGCUGCGUGUCAGAAUCAUCUGGGAAUUGAAAACAUUCAGAUUUGGGGAUUUUGGGGGUCCUUCUUUGGAAAGCUGAUCAGUAAGUCUAAGGAAAGUCUUUCAGAAUAUUAAAGAGAUUUGUCAACUCUCAUUGUGAAAAGAAAAAGCACAGAACUU